AAUUUGACAUAACAAUUGAAUCAAGAUUUAAAUAUCUUGUAUCAUAGAUGACUGAUACAUGUUUUGAAGUGAAAUAUUGUUUUUCGAACAUUAUAUUUGUAAUAAUUUUAACUUUGUUGUGUUUUCUACGGUUAUUUUAUUAGCUUCAUGUCUUUUCUCGCAAGGAAACUCGGCUUGAUUGCGAAAGCUGUACAGCGGUAUAGACCAACGAAAAGUUUUUAUCGUUCGGCUUCGUUCACAAUCUACCAUCACAAACAUGAUUGUGUAAUAAUUGGAGCUGGGGGAGCGGGCCUCAGAGCCGCCGUUGGCCUUGCUGAAGCCAAAUUCAGUGUGGCUUUAGUGUCCAAGCUGUUUCCGACUCGAUCCCAUACCAUCGCUGCACAGGGAGGCAUGAACGCCUCUCUUGGGAGCAUGCACGUAGACGAUUGGAAAUAUCAUUUUUAUGAUACCGUCAAAGGAUCAGAUUGGCUUGGUGAUCAGGAUUCAAUACAUUAUCUGACGUCCAAUGCUUCAGCAUGCGUUAUAGAGCUGGAAAACAUGGGCAUGCCAUUCUCAAGAACGCCGGAAGGAAAGAUAUACCAAAGAUCUUUUGGAGGUGGCACUGUGAACUUUGGUAAAAGUAUAGCCAAAAGAACGUGUGCCUGUGCCGACCGUACUGGCCACGCUUUGCUUCACACCCUGUACGGAUACUGCACACAGUUCCCACAUAUCGACCCAUUUUACGAAUAUUUUGUGAUGGAUCUCCUUUUGCAAGAUGGGGAAGUGGUGGGAUGUCUCGCCAUGGACAUGAAUGAUUCCAGUCUUCACAGAUUCCAAGCGAAGAACACCAUAAUAGCGACUGGUGGCUACCCGAGGAUGUACUUCUCAUGUACUGCUGCCCACACUUGUACUGGUGACGGUACGGCAAUGGCCGCCAGAGCUGGUAUCCCACUUCAGGAUAUGGAGUUCAUCCAGUUUCACCCAACUGGUAUGUACGGAUCGGGAUGCUUAAUGACUGAAGGAUCUCGAGGAGAAGGAGGAUAUCUAGUGAACAGUGAAGGCAAACGGUUCAUGGAAAAAUAUGCCCCGAAAGCUAAAGAUUUAGCUAGCCGUGACGUGGUGUCGAGAUCAAUAGCCACGGAGGUUCGAGAAGGUCGUGGAGUAGGACCUAAGAAAGAUCACGUUUACCUCCAGCUCCACCAUUUACCUGCGGAGGUCAUAAAGGAAAAGUUACCAGGAAUAUCCGAGACUGCAAUGACGUUCACAGGAGCUGAUGUGUAUACCCAGCCUGUGCCUGUUCUACCCACUGUCCAUUACACUAUGGGGGGAAUUCCUAUAAACUACAAGGGACAGUGUUUAGUAUACCAAAAUGGCACUGAUUGUCCAAUUCCGGGGCUGUAUGCUGCCGGUGAAGUGGUGAGCAACGCUCACGGAGCCAACAGGCUGGGCGCUAAUUCCAUUCUUGACGUCGUAGUAUUCGGGAAAUCAAUCUGUGACACUAUAAUAAAGUUACAUUCGCCAUGUGAAAAACAAGUGACCUUGAAAGAUAAUUUGUGUGAUUGUUCUAUCGAUAACUUUGAGAGAGUGAGGACCUCGAAGGGCUGCGCUCAGCCUCACGAACUGAGGGAAGCCAUGAGACAAACCAUGCAACACAAAUGUGGAGUAUUCAGAAACGACAAAUUGUUGGCUGCAGGCAAGUUCUUGUUAAAUAAAGCUGACGCAUUAAUAAAAAACUGAUCUACAGGGUGUCCCUGAAGUCGACGUCCAACAGGCACCAGAUGAUCGGCAAGGUUCCAAUUGUUAUCAGAAAAAUAUAAAAAAAAUCUAAGUC